AUGGGCAACUCUUCUCCCCUGCAUGCGGCAGUUGAAGACAGCGUUGAAGGCAAAUACAUCUUCGGCAAGUUCGUAUUUGUCAGAAGUCGACUCGUCGAAGAUAAUCACGUGUCGAAAACGGCGAUCGCAGCAAACGGAACACAUAGAAGUGAAGAAGCAAAGACCAAAAGGAAAACAGUAACUGUAAAGAUAAUAAAACGAGAACGACGAGAUCAAGAAACAAGGAAAAAGUCGUCGAUGGCAAAAGAGGAAAGGGGGGAACACAAGCACAAUGAGACGAACAAAAAAUAA